AUGUGCCUACAAUGUCUUCCUGCCACCCUGGUCUCGCGGAAACUAUCGGCCGGUGAUGUCGUGACCAAACGUUAUGACGUUCUCGGGCUGCACCCGGAGUGUGCUUUAGCGGCCGAUCUGGUAAGGAGAGUCUCUGGUAAGUGGUCGCCUACCUCCUGGGACGAGAGGGUCACUAUCAGCGAAGAGGAUGCUCGGACCAUCAACAUCGCUUGUUCUCGGUUGGCAGAACGCAAGGAGCCCUGUCAGCACGAGAUCGCAUUCUGUGGCGCCACGCUUACUAUCACAACUGAUGCUUCCCCUUACGGUAUGGGCUUCUUCCUCUCCAUCGGUAUCGCAUCUGGGGGGCAGGUCGCCCUAUAUGGGAAGGCCAAGUGCUGGCGAGGUAGUCAGGUGUCAUGGCAUCAGAACCGACAAGAAGCAUACUGCCUCGGCCUUUCUUUCGUGUUCUGCGACCCCCUCAUACCCUACUCCCAUGGUCUCCAG